GGAGCAUUGAAACAUAAAAGAAACUUAAUUGGCGAGAGUCAAUGAAUGGAUUCUUCUUUAAUUCUAUUUGAUUUCUUGCAGUAAAAGCAGAGACUGAUGAGAGAGGGGGUGAGAGAAGCCAGAAAGAGAUCUUUCUCUCUGUCGUCACACAAAGGCAUCAACAUCAUUGCAAUAAAGACAGAGAGAAGCAAUCACAGGUACAUAAAAAUGGCCAUUGCUUUUCUUCUACUCUCCAUCCGUUAGGAGGAGGAGGAGGAAGAGCAAGAGGGGGAGGAGGAGACGUCUCUCUUUUGGCGGGAGGUGGGUCAACCCAGCAAUCAAUUCCCUCUUUCCUUCAAUCCCUUUCUCAUAAAUUCGCCCAACUUCCCCCCCGCCACCGUCACCUCCACCUCCGCCAUGCUCCGCCGUCACUAAAUUUCUGAAAACUCGGUUUCUCUUACUCUCUGAAGUUCAGUGAACGAACCAGAAAAUGUGGAGGCUUUAUGUGGUGUUUUGCGUUUUAAUGAAGCUUGAUUUGGGGUUUUCGCUCUCGCCCGACGGCCUAGCUCUGCUGUCGCUGAAAUCAGCGGUGGACGGCGGCGGCCCGGCGGCGUUCGGGGACUGGAACGAGAACGACGCCGACCCGUGUCGCUGGUCGGGAGUUUCCUGCAUGAACGUUUCUGGGUCGUCGGAUCCACGAGUCGUCGGAGUCGCCGUCGCAGGGAAGAAUCUCCGGGGAUACAUCCCGUCGGAGCUCGGAAAACUGAUAUAUCUCCGGCGACUGAAUCUCCAUAGCAACAACUUUUAUGGGUCUAUUCCCGAUCAGCUCUCCAACGCUUCUUCGCUCCACAGCCUAUUUCUCUACGGCAACAAUCUCUCCGGCCCGAUUCCUCCCUCUCUCUGUGACCUUCCUCGGCUUCAGAAUCUCGAUCUCUCCGACAAUUCGAUCUCCGGAUCGAUCCCAAAAGAUAUCCGCAACUGCCGGCAGUUGCAGAAGUUGGUUCUGGCGCAGAACAGGUUUUCCGGCGAGAUUCCGAGGGGAAUUUGGCCGGAGCUAGCAAACUUGGUUCAGCUCGAUCUAUCGUCCAACAAUUUCAGUGGAUCAUUGCCGGAAGAUAUCGGGGAGUUGAAGUCUCUGUCUGGGACUCUUAACCUCUCGUUCAACCAUUUCUCCGGACAGUUACCGAAAUCCAUGGGGGAUUUGCCCAUGACUGUGAGUUUCGAUCUCCGGAACAACAAUUUCAGCGGCGAAAUUCCGGAGACUGGUUCGUUUGCCAAUCAGGGUCCGACGGCGUUUCUGAACAAUCCGUUGCUAUGUGGGUUUCCUCUGCAAAAGCCCUGCCAGAAUAGCUCGGAAUCUUCUCCGGCGAGGCAGAGUUCGUCGCCGGGGCCCGUCAGCAACCGGCCGGAGAGAGGGUUGAAGCCGGGCUUGAUCAUACUGAUCUCAGUGGCUGAUGCGGUUGGAGUUGCGUUCAUUGGUAUGGUAAUAGUGUAUCUGUACUGGAAGAAGAAAGAUUCUAAUGGCUGUAGCUGCACUGGGAAAAGAAAACUUGGUGGGAAUGGGAAGCCAAAGCUAUGUGCUUGUCCUUGCGUGAGUGGUUUUCCGAGCAAUGACUCGGAGGUGGACUCGGACAAAGGUGGCGGUGGCAGUGCCGGCGGUGUCAGUGGUGCCGGUGGUGAGGGUGAUCUUGUGGCUAUUGACAAAGGGUUUAGUUUUGAGCUUGAUGAGCUUUUGAGGGCAUCAGCAUAUGUUUUGGGGAAGAGUGGACUGGGAAUUGUGUACAAGGUUGUGCUUGGCAAUGGCGUGCCAGUGGCAGUGAGGCGGUUGGGGGAAGGCGGCGAGCAGAGGUACAAGGAGUUUGCAGCCGAGAUUCAGGCGAUCGGGAAGGUGAAGCAUCCCAAUAUUGUCAAGUUGAGAGCUUACUAUUGGGCUCCUGAUGAGAAGCUUCUCAUUAGUGAUUUCAUCUCCAAUGGCAAUUUGGCUUCAGCUCUCCGGGGGAGAAGUGGUCAGCCGUCCCCGAGCCUCUCAUGGUCAACCAGGCUGAGGAUCGCCAAGGGAACAGCACGGGGCUUGGCCUACCUCCAUGAAUGUAGUCCUAGGAAAUUUGUGCAUGGAGACAUCAAGCCAUCCAACAUUCUCUUGGACAACGAAUUCCAACCUUACAUUUCUGAUUUUGGCCUCAACCGGCUGAUUACCAUCACGGGGAACAACCCGUCCUCCUCUGGUGGCUUCAUUGGUGGAGCCCUUCCCUAUCUAAAGUCGGUCCAACUGGAGCGAGCCAACAACUACCAGGCCCCAGAAGCUCGGGCCACCGCAAGCCGUCCCACCCAAAAAUGGGAUGUCUACUCCUUUGGAGUUGUCCUACUUGAGUUACUAACGGGAAAAUCCCCGGAGAUUUCCUCUCCGACCACAUCCACAUCCACUUCCACAUCCACUUCCACCUCCCAAAUGAAUGAUCUGGUGAAAUGGGUUAGGAAGGGAUUUGAAGAGGAAAGUUCAUUGUCGGACAUGGUCGAUCCUAUCUUACUUCAAGAAGUGCAAGCCAAGAAGGAAGUACUCGCCGCCUUCCACAUCGCCCUGGCCUGCACCGAAGCAGAUCCUGAGGUUCGGCCGAGGAUGAAAACUGUCGCAGAAAAUCUUGAAAGGAUUGGCACAUAGCAGCAUUUACAAUAUGGUAUGGUAGUCAACCAAGAUUGGAAGGAAUGAUUCUCCUUUUCUUGCAGCAAUGGCAUCUUCAUCACCUUAUCCAUUCAUACAACUUAUCAACAUUCCCAGUCUGUAGGCUGUUGUAGCUACUAGCUAGUAAGUUCCAGAAUUUUCAUGAUGUUUCUGGAAGCUUUUAAAGCCUUUUGUUAUACAUUUCUUUCAUCCGAUUGUAGGGGGCAAGCCAGUUGCUUUUUGUAAUUUAUAUUUCUAAUAAUAAUGAUAAUAAUUCCCAAUUCCUUGAGUUAA